AUAUGAUAAAUAUAUAACCAAGAACAAGAGAAUAAAGAGUAAAUAAAUGAAAAUAUUAGAUAAUAGGAAGCAUAAAAAGAUAAGGAUUUAAUUGAGAAGACAAGAAUAGAUUAAAGAGGUGAAAAUAGUAAUAGAUAUAAUAGUUGGAUUUGAAGCAAGAGGAUUAGGAGUGGGAACUUUGAUACAUUAAGCAACACCAUAAUCAUCACUUUAUGUUGCAGGUAAGAAUAAUAAUAAUAAAAGAAAAUGAGAGAUUUGAUAAAGACUUUGCUAUAGCAGAUAAAAGAUAAAGAGAUUUAUAACUAUAGUAGAAAGGAUAAGUAAUUGAUAAGAGAAGAAUGGAAGGAUUAGAUAGAGAAACUAAAAAAUGGGAAUAUUAAGAGAAAUUAGAAUAAAAGGGUUAAUAAAAACUUAUUAUGUAGACUCAAACUUAAACUUAAGGAAAGAGAAAUUAAAAUGGGUAUAAAUUAUAAAAUUUUAAUUAUUAGAUUAGCUUAUAAUCCUAUUACCUUAUAGUAUGAUAAAACUUAAUAAGGAAAUUCAUUAAAAGAAUAAGAUGAUUAAGUAAAAGUUCGUCAAUAUGUAAGAGCUUAAAAUCUAGAUUAAAAAGGAAAUGCUGGAUUUAAUAUAUUAACAGGAGAAUCUCGUAAUGGAGUUGAAUAGAUUGUACCAAAUCAUUUAAAGAAUUAAUAUUAAUAAAAACUUAGAGAUCAUGAAUAACAUUUACAGAUAAAAACUCAUUCUUAAUUUAAUAAUUGA